AGCACUACACCGAGUACCAGAUCGCUACCUGGGGAUCUCUGUUUUUUCAUGAGGUGACAUACUUUCUGAUCUGCCUUCCUGGCUUUCUCUACCAGUUUCUUCCGUUCAUGCAGAAAUACAAGAUCCAACAGAACAAGCCUGAGACAUGGGAAGCACAACUGCAGUGCUUUAAGCUGCUGAUGUUCAGCCAUUUCUUCAUCCAGAUGCCUCUGAUGUGUGGAACCUACCACUUCACUCAGUGGUUCGGCAUUCCCUAUGACUAUGACUCCAUCCCACCAUGGUAUAUCUUAGGCCUGCAGAUAUUUGGGUGCUUCAUAGUUGAAGACGUCUGGCACUACUUCCUCCACCGUGUUCUGCACCAUAAGAACUACUACAAGUAUGUGCAUAAGGUGCACCAUAACUUUCAGGCACCGUUUGGAGCAGUGGCAGAGUAUGCCCACCCAGUGGAGACUGUGGUGCUGGGAACAGGGUUCUUCCUCGGCAUCCUGUUCUUCUGCACCCACUUUGUGCAGAUGUGGGUCUGGGGACUGUUCCGUCUGCUGGAGACCAUAGAUGUGCACAGUGGAUAUGACAUCCCUUACAACCCCAUGCACCUCCUCCCCUUCUAUACAGGUGCACGUUUCCAUGACUUUCACCACAUGAACUUCAACGGGAACUACGCCCCCACCUUCAGAUGGUGGGACAAGCUGCUCGGCACCGACCAGCAGUACAAGGAGUACUGCAGCAAGCUGGGCACCAAGGAGGGACUGAAGAAGGACUAGGGACAACCUACUGCAAUAAUUCUGCAGUUGCAAUUAGGUCACAGAUCAGUCUCCAGCUGGAAAUUUAUUUCUGUCCCACUCAUUUUAUUGGAGCCCUUUCUUUGGGAUAGACAGGGUGAUUUUUUUCCAUCUCAACAAUUAGGGAAAAUUGCCAUCCCAGGCUAGAAGGCCAGGUCCUGGAGAUAGCCCUGCUACAAAGGAAACGAAACUGUUGAUUUGGUGGCAAAUUUCCCUUCUGGGAGUGGUAUGCUGCCUUUUUUGUCACUAUGACUCCUUGAAAAUGACCAGGAUUUGCUGUAGUUAGAAUGUGCAGGGAUAGAAUGUCAUCCCUUUCAAAUGAAAUGCAUCAGGAAGAUUUUUUUGAAACUCUUCUCAAGUUGUCCAGUUAAGAAAGAAAGAAGCCAAACUGCAUGCCCAUGAAGUAAUGGCCUAUUUGCGGUGGUGUUAAUGGACUCUGAACAUGUUCAAAAAUAAAUCUGAAUAAUGCAUGCGAUACAACAAUACUAGAAGAAUCUAAUACAUACAAAAGACUUGUGGAUCUGUUACCCGCCAUUGAUAUUGAUAUGAAGUGAUAUAAAGUUCCUUGCUGAUUAAAGUUUAGCACUUACUAUAACCAACAAGCAAUGCAGCAUGGUACUGCACGAACAUUGAAAUAUACAUGUAUGAAAGAUCAAAAUAUAGAACUUGCAUCAAAAUGGUAUUAUGUGUAUGGAAUGAAGACUUAGUUAGUACUACAUGUGGUUUCAUGUAAUUAAUGUAAGAAAUAAGAAUGUUGACUUCUCAGAUGACUUGUU